UAUCAUGUUUUUUAUUGUAUGUAGUUAAAGACGGAUUACUGUCACACCAUUAGAGAUUUGUGUUUGAUAUGCGAUGAUUAAAAAUGUUUAAAAAAAGACACACAUCUGAACAAGACAACCCACACUAUAUAUUAAAAUGAUAUUUGGAACACGGAAUAGGGGCUUUGGCCAUCUGCUCCACACGCUGACCUACUAUUGCAAUGCCUCCAGGAACUGUGUUGACUUGUUUUGUUUAGGAGAGGAUCAGUUCGAGGCAAUUGAAGGUAAAGAGCUUUUGUUGGACAAUAUAUGAAGUAAACUUCAUGGUAUAUGUGGAUAAGAUGCUCUGAGAGAUGCAUUGUUUGCUGCUAGAAUGAGAGCAGUGUGAAUUAGUUCACCAGUCUUUAAUGCAACAGAAUGAACGCUGGCCACCCAAGAGCAGAGCUACAAGCAGGCAGCUUCUGUAGCUGCUAUAAUAUAAUGAAUAUGGUGAUGUACUGUGACUAUGUGGCACAUAGUGACUUGAAAUUACUUUAAUGUAAAAAUACUUUUCAUUUUAAUGGUCGCUUAGACAUUACUUUUCAUACACUGAAUGGACCUCACCGGAAUAAAAGAUCAAAUAUUAUAUCAUGGAAUUUUUCCAUCAGAAUUAUUGCUUUUAUUCAAUCUAAGGUAUUAAAAUAAGAUCUGAUUUAGUAUAUUCAUAUUUUGUGAAUAAAAGUGCAAUUUUGGUUCCGUUCUAAGUGGCAGUCUUGUCCAACUUUUAUGUAAUUUUGUGUAGUUCAGCCUCGGUAUUAAUAUUAUUUGAUAAGGUGUUUCUUAUUUUAUCAAUUAUUAUUCAAACAUUGGGCAUAUCCUAAAACUUUUCCUGAGGUAUGACUUAAGUAUAUGGCCCAGGAAAAAAAUACACUAGUUAAAGAAAAAUAAAACAUUAAAAAUUAAAUUAUAUAUUUACACUUUUAAAAAUAGCAGGAUUAAGACAUACUUCAUUUUCAAGUCUGAAUUUAAAGGAACUCCUCUGCUUAAGGAGCGCUACAACACUACCAAUAUUGUUCACCUUUAAUGUUCAAGAGCUAACUUAAAUUGCAUUCACCAGAAUUGUCAAAUAGAAGGUUUUUUUUUCUCAAUAAUCCACAAAUACUUUAAAGUUAUUGCUCCUCAACCUUCAUGUUGGAAUCGAUGUUUAGGGCAACACAAACCUCCUCAAGAAAGUUUUUUUUUUUUUAAGUGAAGAAAAAAGCUCACAGGAAAUCAUGACUUUGUAAAAACACAAGGUGACGUUCUUUUUGGGGAUCAAUGAAUAACCUGUGUUGCAUCACUGCUGGUUUCCUUCUUUUCAUUCUAUUUGUGUUUGGAUCCAUUUCUGUCAUCUGAUAUGCUAUUAAUAAGCUGCCUCAUGGUUUUUUUCUACGGAGCUGUCUAGAUAUUAUCAACACAGUCAUGGCAGAUGUCCACGUAUUUUAUUUUUUAUCAGCACUUUCCAAAACACUUUCCUAGUUAGUGGGCUCCCCACUGACCAUGGCAAUAAAUUUGAUUCUGAUUCUGAUUCUGAUUCUGAGGUGAUGCAAAGAAAAUCUGUAUUCAUCUUGUGAUUCUAUAAAGCAUUGGGGAGCAAGCAAUAAAUGCCUGACCAAGGCAACUAUUUGUCUUGAAAUUUGAUGUGAACGUGGAACCGGUAUAGGUACAUCAGCAAAGUAAACCGCACAACUUGUCUUUUUUAACGGCUGCUGUGUUCAAUGAGAACUAAUGUCACCUUUAUACGGAACUCACACAUUCAAAUUCCUCAAAUAGAUGAAUGGUAAACCACCAGAAUGGCCAGUUGAUCUGGUUCUUCCCCUUCGCUGUCGUCGAGCUACAACUGCAUUGUUUGGAUUUUGCAAAGUCGCACAAGUGUGUGCACUUUCUACUGUUCAACCUGUUCUGAGCUGUAACUGACAGUGGUGAAGAAAACUGUUCCUUUUUCAUGGGCCGCAAGAAACAUUUCAUUUUAUCUUAUUACAUUAAUUUAAUUCUGCAUGGAUUGCAUUGCUUCCUACCGAUGCUACCAGCUGAGCUAAAAACACUGAACAGAACUGGUAUCUCUUCUAAUGAAGAAGAAACUGAGUAUUAACUGAAAACUAGGUAUUAGUGGCGUUAAAAAGUAAACUGACUUUACCUUUUUAUCAUGAAUUACAGUCAGAUACUUGUGAGGAGCGUUUAAUCUAAGAAGAACUGACUGUCACUUACUGUAGUCUCAAUAACAGCAGGUGCCAUAUUUGUCUGUUUUAUUGAUGCCACCAAGCACCUUUACCAAACAGGCACCUAAUAUUAUCCCUGUUACACAUUAACACUAAGCAACAGUUUUGUAUUGCCUUAUUUUAAACAUGCAUCCUUUGCCUCACAUCAGUGUCACAGUGAAUUCUGACGAGACAGAGUCACUAUUAUUGCAAGUCAAACAGCUCUUUUAACCCCUUUUUCCCAUAGGUUUGGAUGAUAAACCCAGGAGAUCAGCCCAUGACCAAUUUAAUGAAGUAGUAAAACACAAGCAAGCAUAAUAGCGCCACAUUGUUCUGUGAAUUGCAUUGUAUUUCCAGAGCUGCACAGGGAAAUGAAUUUGUAGUUCAGUCAUGUCGCCUAAUCCUGCAUCAGCACCAAUAGCAUCACUAUCGCCCCCUGCCCCUUCAUCACCCUGACCGGUCUGUUUCCAUGGCAACAACAGAAUCUGCUCCGGGCCUGUUUGCCCUUUCUGCUACCUCCUCUCGGUCGGAUCUUUCUUCUUUUUAAAAUUCCCUGUCUGUUAUUGCAGCCUGGGAUAAUUUACUGCGCACAGCUUCUCUGAUGGUUGUUUUGCAAUAGUCGCAAUGUUUUAAUCAUCUUUUGUCAUGCUUUAGACUUGGAAAAUAUGAUUGCUGUGGGUGAUGCCACUAUCAGAAUUGAGUUUGUGUGGUGUCAUAGGAAGAUGCAGAGCAAGUCUCCCACCAGCUGUAGCUCAAACCUGCACACAACUCCCCUCCCCAUCCCUGUUCACUGCACAAGCUCAAGAAAGAGAAUGACAGAGGAGGAAGGAGGGAUUCAGAGAGAGAAGUGAGAGAGGGUGGGUUGGAGCAGUCGCCAUUAGACAUAUGCAGCGUCAGAUGUUUUGCUCAGCAGCAGGGAAGCAGAAGAAGGGAGACUCAGACCCCUCGAAGCUGUGUUGAUAUCUGCCUGGCAUAUGGGCUCCAAGUAAGGCACCAUGAAUCUCUCCGGACCAGCCCAGGUGGUUGCACCCCACCACUGACCACGACCAUCAGCUACACCACCACGUCUUCUCCAGCUUCUCUCAGCUCCGACUUUAGCGUUUCACAUCUGUGACCCGAGUGGGCACCACCAUGGCAGGAGAAAAGGGCCUCAACAAAAGGAGCACCAUGGAUAUCAAGCGCCUGGCGAGCCUCAUCCAGAGGGGAACAGGCCGCUUGCUGGUAAUUGACAGCAGGACGUUCUCUGAGUACAAUGCAUCCCACGUGCAAGGCGCCAUCAACGUGUGCUGCUCCAAACUGGUGAAAAGGAGACUGCAGCAGGACAAGGUGUCAGUCACUGAGCUGCUGCAGCCCAAUGGCAAAGUUAAGGUGGAGCUGGGGAGGAAGCAGGAAGUUGUGGUUUACGACCAGAGCUCCAAAGAGGCCGGCCACCUGUCCAAAGAUGGCUUUGUCCACAUUCUAAUGGGGAAGUUGGAGGGAACCUUUCACAAAGUUUCAUUACUCACUGGCGGUUUUGCUGCUUUCUCCUCCUGUUUUCCUGGCCUGUGUGAAGGAAAGCCAGCCACUGCGCUGCCUAUGAGCUUGUCCCAGCCUUGCUUGCCCGUGGCUAACAUAGGACCCACCCGCAUCCUGCCACACCUUUACCUGGGCUCACAGAAGGACGUCCUCAACAAGGACCUGAUGGCUCAGAAUGGCAUCACCUACGUGCUCAACGCCAGCAACACCUGCCCGAAGCCAGACUUCAUUAGCGAGAGCCACUUCAUGCGUAUUCCAGUGAACGACAAUUACUGCGAGAAGCUGCUUCCCUGGCUGGAGAAAACCAAUGAAUUCAUUGACAAAGCUAAGGUGUCAAACUGCAGAGUCAUUGUGCACUGCCUGGCUGGAAUCUCACGUUCUGCCACUAUCGCCAUCGCAUACAUCAUGAAGACAAUGGGCUUGUCAUCAGAUGAUGCCUACAGGUUUGUUAAGGACCGGAGACCCUCGAUAUCCCCCAAUUUUAACUUCCUGGGUCAGCUGCUGGAGUUUGAGAAGGACCUGCGGCUACUGCAAGCUCUGGGUUCUGACGACAAGCUCUCAGACGGCAGCACAAAACAGAACUCGGACGUUCACGGAAUCACGUCGGGUUUGGAGGUGAACAGUCACCAUAGCAAUGGAGACUCGUCGAUGGUCCUGCCCCAUCUCCCGCUUGAACCCAAGAUCCCAUCCCCUACUUCCCUCCAGCAAGGCUUCAACGGCUUGCACCUCUCAGCUGAGAGAAUCAUGGACACCAACCGGCUCAAGCGCUCGUUCUCAUUGGACAUCAAAUCUGUCUACUCCCCAAGCAGCCCGCACUGCCCGAGCAUGGCGCCCACACACUCUGAAGACGUCCCUAAACUGUGCAAACUUGACAGUCCGGGAACUGGCUCCUCCAAUGGCGUCUGUUCCCAGUCUCCUAUCAGUCCUUGUUCUCCUGACUCUCCAUUCCCCUCUCCAGGCUGUGGGGGCAGCAUUGGAGGUCUCUGUGGAAGUGAGGGGGGUCAUCGUUCUUCGUCUUCCUCAUCCAGGCCCAGAAGGAAAGCCAAGCACGGAUCUGUGAGCUCCCCGGUUCACUCCCACCACCACCCUCAUCCCCCUCAGACUCUCAGCUUGUCACUCGACAACAAAAGCCCUGGUCUGGAGGAGAACCUAAAGGGCUCCUUGCUUCUAUCGCUGCCCUCUCUGCCCACUGUAGGUUCAGGGGCCAUGUGGACCAAACAUAGAGAGACUGUCCAAGCCACCACUCCAGUCACACCAGUCACGCCCACCACGGAUGCCCCCUGGCACUUUGGGGCAGAGGAGGGAGGUCAAGGUGAGAUGGAGGUGGGUGGCGCAGGCGAGGAAGGGGCGGCCGACUCGGCAGUGAGGUUCGGGAGCAGCUCUGCCUACGUGGCUUUCGGAUGCAGCGAGGGUGUGCGGUUGCGAGACAAGCCGCCGAAGGACAAGCCGGAGAAGUCCAGCACAAACACCAGCACGUCUGAAAAACAGUACAACCGCCGCAGCUGCCAGAUGGAGUUUGAAGAAAGCAUCUCGGAGACGCGGUCCCGAGAAGAACUGGGCAAGAUUGGGAAACAGUCGAGCUUCUCCGGGAGCUUGGAGAUCAUCGAGGUGUCCUGACAGAUACUGGUCCCCACAGUCCAGCGUACGAAGCCAAGGGACAAGUGACUCUGAUGAUCUCAGUGUUAGCAGUCUCUGAGCGACGGACUUCAUUGCGGAGCAUUUAUGCGGCCGGCAACUGACAGAGCCUAAGACGUGGUGCUCGGCAGACCAUAAUAAUCCCGAACUGUCAUGGGAGAAAAGCGUGGGGGACGUUGGGGGAAUUGGCUGUAGGUACUGCAACCCUUUAUUUUUACGCAACCCAGAGUGUCAUGUUGCAUCUUGAUUAUAUUUGAAGAAGUGGACACAAACUGGUACCUGUGGUUUAUCGUAGUGUAGCGUCAAUGGGUCUGUAGCUCGUGAUUUGAACCCAUACCCUUCCCCCUUUUGCCCAUAUGCCUCAAAGCCCUGCACGGCUGCACCCACUUGCUCUGCACCGAACAAUGGACACAACGGUGGGCUCGCAAACAACCACGUCCACCGCGGGAGAUUCCUCAGAGCCCGUGAUCCCCCACUCGUAAUUCCUUGAAGGUUCCCCAGGAAUGAAGGACCCCUGUGAAGCCCUCCAACCCAAAAGCACAUUGUGUCUCCGCUGACUUUGGCUCCAUCAUUUCCAGUGUUAACCAACAGAACUGAGGUUUCCCGACGGACCUUCCCCUGCUCCCAUCGCUCACCACUAGUGGUCGCCACUGAGCAUGCACCAGAAAGGCUGACACCAGACAAGAACUCUAUAUAUAUUCUGAAUAUAUAUCGCAACUUUAAUGGACUUCUGAUGGACAUGUUUUUUGUUCAGUUAUAGUUUUAACUUAUUGUAUUGGUUCAUUCUGGUAAUGAGAAAUAAUAUAAUGUUUUGUGGAUUUUUUUUGGACUUAUUAUUAUAAUUAUUAUUGUUAUUAUUUGCUGUAUGGUAUUUAUGAAAACACACACUCAUACAAAUACACACAUUCAAGAAACUCAAGCAAGCAAUAUGUGCUGUUUCUUAUUUGGGGAGAAAUGUUUGACUUUGAAAUGCACUUUUUAUCUGCUCUCAUGGUUUGUCCUCAAGCUAGAUGCUAGGUCUGCACAAUAUUCGAUUUUGGGUGCAAAACAAGUUCAUAUGCAGCACUUCAGAUAGGCUAGCAUGUAGCUCCAGCUGCUCCACGUAAACAAACACCUUUAGUGAAGAGGUUUUUGAAUCAGAAUAGGUCAUGAAAGCAUGAGCCAAAAUAACUUUUGGGAUUUCCUUCAUUUACACACAU